GUUUACGGGCGGGGUGAGAACCAAAUUCGAUGUAGCGAGUGUUUCAGCCCAGAAUGCGUUCCCGCCUGACGUCGUCUGAUCUCGGCGGCACCCCCGAGCGUCGGUCCCGCUCCCGGGAGCGACCCGCCGACCCCAAGACCAAGAUGGACCACGACCGGCCUGAAAAGAGCGACGACGAGAGCGACGAGGGCAUCGACGGCAUCGACGCCAUGGAGGGCGGUGGGGAGGGCGACGAGAGCAUGCCCUUCCUGCCCAUCCCCAGCGACCUGAGGCCCGACGUCGUGUCGUCGUCGGGCGAUAAUGGAUUUGGCAGUAUUAGCUACGGUGACGGCGAGGAGGAGUCCGAUUCGCCUGAGAAGCGUGCAUUCAGAGUGUUGGCGCAGUACUCGCCUCCUGACACGGGUACGUGUUGACGGACGGAUGGCUGGAUGCUCCCCUCCCACGACCAAACGUCUUGUCACUUGGUGUGUGUGGUGUGGUGUGGUGUGCUGUGGUGUGUUGUGGUGUGUGUUCAGAGGACCGCACGGAUAAGCGGAGCAGUUUCGGCGGUACGCAGUCGCCCCAGGGCGGCACGCCGCAGCCGCCCAUGACGCCAUCGCACCUGCUCUACCUGCACCAGACCUACCCCUACACCACCACCAGCCAGGGGUCCAUCUCCUACGAGGGCGCCAUCACGCCCCCCAACAACCGCAGCGGACAGGUCUCGCCCAAGCGAGAGCACGGUGGCGGUGCCAAUGACACUGCUGUCAACAACAAAACCACUACCAAUGGGGGCGGUGCUGGUGGCGGGGGUGGUGGUGGUGGGCGGCUGAGCGCGGCGUCGAUCAUCGUGAGCAACCGUGAGGACGAGCUGUUCCGCGAGCCGUCGGACGAGGGCGUGCAGAAGCUGAUAGAGAUGAUUGGUGCGGGGGAGGGGGAGGGGGAGGAGGGGAUGGGCGAGGAGGCCAAGACGGUCGUGCGGCUGCGCAAGGGGUGUGUCCACACCAGAAGCACCUCGGUCAACACCGCAGGGGAUGUCAUGGACGAGCACUCCCAGCAGCAGCAGCAGCAGCCGCCGGCCACGGUGACGCGCCUAUUGCCGCCAUUCCCCCUUGCAUACACACCGCCCACACACACAUAUGGCCAAGCCGACGACGAGAACACCAUCACCAAGCAGCAGCAGGAGGGCGGCCAGGAGCAGGAGCACGACAGCCAGAACCAGACGGCGGGAGCGGGAGGGCCGGCACGGACCUGGCUGGGGGCGCUGCUGAUGCACCUGUGUCGCAGCGUGCAGCUGGGGGUGCUGCUGCUGGUGAUCCUGCUGCUGUGUUUUGUGCUGUUCGUGUGCUACCUGCUGUGGCUGGACAGGCAGGCCGAGAAGAGGGGCGUUGUGGGAGGGCUGGGCAAGCCCGUGCGGCCCUACUACAUGUAGCAUACAUAGCAAGGUGGGAGAUGGAUGGAUGCCUAUCGGAUGGGAUGGAUGUGGCUGGCCCAUCUCUGAGGGUCUGAGGGGGUGUGUGUGGGUGUGCAUCGGUCUGUCUGUGUGGGUGGCUGUCUGUCUGUGUGAGUGCGAGACGGGUGCUUUGUACAGCUAGAGAGAGAGUUGUCUGUCUGUCUGUCUGAAGGUGUCUGCGCGACUGUGUGUGUGUGUG